GUGUGGUUUUGGAAGGGUCCCAGAAACUUAAACCACGACAUCUUCUUUGCGACUAAACCAUGGUUAGAACUUAGAAACCCCUGACUUUCGCACUCUCUUUAUGUUUCUGUCUGUCUCAUUUGUGUCACCGCUAGACACAGUUUUCGUCUGCAUUGCCUCUCUGCAAAUCUUUCGCCGCUUUCUGCGUCCAUUUGGGUCUUCUGAAAUUUUGAGUCUUCUCUUUCUUCGAGCUCAGACACAGUCUCUUAGGCCUCAAAGCUUACUUUUUGAUACUACCCAGUGGUUGUGCAGAUUGGGAAUUAUUACUCCCACUCAAAUAGUAGUGUUGUUGCAUUUGGAUUAGGAAUACCUCGUUGGUAUCUAUUCUCGAGGAACUAAUGCUUUCCAAAAAUUUCGUAUCUCUUUUGGUGCCCAUUUGAGAAGAUUUCACUGGCUUUCAUCCUGAAAUUAUUGGGGUUACAUGGGUUUCCAUGAUCUCAGCCGACAAUCGGUGUCACUAUUGUCGAUGGAACUCAACUGGGUGGUUGUAUUUGCCAAUCUGAAUGCUGCUGAUUAGGGAAAAAAAAAGAGAACCCAAAUAGUUCGAAUCUUUUAAAGUUCCUUACUAUACUUUGCAAGGUUUCUUCUAUGUCUUCCAACCUCAUUUGGAUUCCAAAGGUUUCCCAGUUAAUAUACUAGAGUAUGUUGGAAGCAACAUUGAGGGGUCUGAGUGCCUUAAUUUUGAUUUAAGGCCUUUCUGAGUUUUGGUACUUUGGUUCCGCGGAUCGAUUGAUUCAUCAUCAUCAUCAUGCCUUUGUACGAGUUAUACCGUCUGGCCAGAGAAAAGCUUGGUACAGAGAAUAACAGCACACGUGCAUCUGAUCAAUGUUCCUCACCUGAGAAUGAUUUUUUUGAGCUAGUUUGGGAGAAUGGUCAGAUUUCUAGCCAGGGUCAGUCUAGUAAAGUUAGAAGGAGCCCAUCUUGCAAGAGUUUGCCAUCUCACUGCUUACCAUCUCACAGUCCCAAGGGUAGAGACAAAGAUGUAGGAUAUGGUGCCAACAGGAUUGGAAAAUUUAGAGAUUUAGACUCUGGAUUGAAUGAAAUUUCAAUGUCGGUGCCGUCCCGUGAAGUUGAUUUCUGUCAAGACGAAGAUGUGUUACCUUGGUUUGAUUACCCAACAAUGGAUGGUUCCUUGCAACAUGACUAUGGUUCUGAUUUCCUCCCUGCCCCAACUAGCUUUACUCUAUCGGAUAAAAAAAGUAAUAGCAGUAUGGCUUUGAGGGAUUCUCAUAAAACUUCUGAAGAACAAGGGAAUGCUUUCAAGGAUUCUUCAGCUGAGCAGGUUGGAACUGUCGAGCCCAAAGCUAGCACCAAUCAGUUAUACCCUCCAUCAUUGCAUCAUUGUCAAACAUCUUUUGUAUCUUCAAGAUCCAGAACAUCAGAUAUAACUGAAAAUAACAAUACUAGUAAUGCAAACCAGGAUGCCACCUAUGGCGAAAUUACCAAUUUUCUAUCUUCCUCAAGUGAUUUUUCUAGCCCAAAGGGGAAGAAGCAAGAGCCACCUCUGCCUGGCAAUGGUUCCAGUUCCACCAUAAUGAAUUUCUCCCAUUUUGCUAGGCCUGCGGCAAAGGUAAGAGCUAAUCUUCAGAACAUUGGCUUGAAGUCUGGUUUGUCUUCAGCAAGAUCAGACAGUAUGGAAAUUAAGAAUAAAGAUGCAGCUGCAACUAGCAGCAAUCCUCCUGAAUCAAUUGUUAUUGAUUCAAGUGGUGAAUGUCCGAAGGAACUGACUAUGCACUGUCAGCAGAAUGUGGAUCAAUCCAAGACAGAUUUGAAUACUUCACUGUUGAAAGCUGUUGAACAGAAUGCAGUGCUUUCUAAGCAGUCAGAGACUGCUUGUAAUGAGAGUUCCACUAAGAUUGACCAAAUUGCUGAUCAAGUUCUUGGUGACAGUGGUGCUAAAGGGCAGACAACUGCUGAAAAAAGUAUGGAGGCAGCAGUAGCCUCUUCCUCUGUUUGCUCUGGCAAUGGUGCUGAUAGAGGUUCAGAUGAGCCAAAUAAAAAUUUGAAGCGAAAAAGAAAAGACACCGAUGAUUCUGAGUGCCACAGUGAAACAUUUUACAUGAAGGAUGCUGAAGAAGAAUCAGCGGGUGUUAAAAAGGCAUCUGGAGGGCGUGGAGGUACAGGUUCCAAGAGAACCCGUGCAGCUGAAGUGCAUAACCUAUCUGAAAGGAGGCGAAGGGACAGAAUCAACGAGAAGAUGCGUGCGUUGCAAGAACUCAUUCCAAAUUGCAAUAAGGUGGAUAAAGCCUCAAUGCUAGACGAGGCCAUCGAGUAUCUUAAAACACUUCAGCUCCAAGUUCAAAUUAUGUCAAUGGGAGCUGGUUUAUAUAUGCCUCCAAUGAUGUUACCUGCAGGAAUGCAGCACAUGCAUGCACCACAUAUGGCUCCAUUUUCACCUAUGGGUGUUGGCAUGCAUAUGGGAUAUGGUAUGGGUUAUGGGGUGGGAAUGCCCGACAUGAAUGGUGGAUCUUCAAGAUUCCCUAUGAUUCAGGUGCCCCAGAUGCAAGGAAAUCAUAUCCCUGUCGCCCAAAUGUCUGGACCUACUGCUUUACAUGAGAUGGCCGGAUCAAAUCUUCCAAGGCUCGGGCUUCCUGGACAAGUACAUCCCAUGCCAAUGCCGCGAGCUCCCAUGCUGCCGUUUUCUGGAGGACCUGUCAUGAACUCAUCAGCUCUGGGACUACAUGCUUGUGGAUUGUCAGGACUUGUUGAAACCGUGGAUACAGCUUCUGCAUCUGGCUUAAAGGAUCAAAUGCCAAACGUUGGCCCACUAGUUAAGCAAAGCACUGGUGGCCGUGACUCAACAAGUCAGAUGCCUACACAGAGUGAAACAGCUGUUGUUGGAUUUGAGCAAUCUGCUAUGGUUCAUAACAGCGGUCAUACCUCUGGGGCUAAUGACAAUGGAGCUCUUAAUCCUUGUCCCAGCAGAUAACGUUAUAUCUGGUUAUGAUCCACAAUAAUACCGUGCCUGAUUGAAAUUUUAGAAAACGUGAGUCUUAAUCUCCCUGCAGAUUACCCCAUACAGGAUACUUUAGAGUCAUUGAGGUUAACCCGAUCACAAUAACUGCUGACUGAAUCCUAAUUUCCGGACUUACGAAAUUGCACGGAUUUUGUAAUAUCUUAAGAGGUGCAACUCAUUUGUACAUCCAUUUAGCAACCUGUUCAAUCAAUUGGCAUAGAAAUUCGAUAUAUUUUUACAUAUAUGUAUUCAAGUGUUUGAUCAUAUCUAUCAUAACGAUUCUUUGGUUUAAUGAAAUAAUAGUUUUUUGCCUUUGGCAUCUAUUU